AUGAAGGUGGAGGAUGCAGUGCCUUACGUGGCCAUGGUGAUUGUGCAGUUUGCACUGGUGGGGCUAAUGGUAGAAAGCAAAAAAGCAAUGUCCGAUGGGAUGACUAAUUUCACAUUCGCCUUCUACGCCAAUGCUAUCACCGCUGUUAUUCUUCUUCCUUCCUCCUUUCUCAUCCACAGAUCAUCAACCCGUCCUCCACUCACUUUCUCUCUCCUUGGCAGAUUUUUAUUGCUUGGACUAAUUGGUUUCUUGGUGCAGAUAUUUGGGUACGCUGGAAUUCAGUAUGCCUCUGCAUCGCUUUCCUCGGCUAUGCUCAAUCUCAUCCCAGGUUUCACCUUCGUGCUUGCCAUUAUUUUCAGGAUGGAAAAAGUAGAUUGCAGAAGUGCAAGUACAAUGUAUAAAUCAAUCGGGACCGUAGUGUCAAUCACGGGGGCUCUCAUUGUGACUCUCUACGAUGGUCCCUUGAUUCUGAAGACCCUGCACCCACAUUCAAAAUCCCUUCAUCUCCACACACAACAUUCGGACUGGCUGAUUGGAGGAUUACUUCUUGCUAUUGACUCUUUGAUUUCUUCAGUAUUUAUCAUUGCACAGGCAUUGAUCAUUAAGAACUAUCCAGCAGAGCUGUUUAUUAUGUUCUUUUACUGCUGUGUUGUGGCCAUCCUUUCUGCAGCAACUUCUUUGAUUCUUGAAAAUGACCUGAGCUCUUGGAGCUUACAAUCUAAUACCAGGUUGAUUGCUGUUAUAUACUCGGGACUUCUUGGCUCUGCUUUCCAAGUCACAGUAGGUGCAUGGUGCCUACGCAGAAAGGGGCCUCUUUUUGUGGCUAUGUUUCAUCCCUUGGGGGUUGUCAUUGCCACUGCCAUGGGUAUCAUCUUCUUAGGUGAUGCUUUCUACCUUGGAAGUUUGUUGGGAUCCAUGGUCAUUGUUAUUGGAUUUUACUCUGUGAUGUGGGGAAAGGCCAAAGAAGGAAAGCUGGUGGAAGGGGGGCAGAAAGGCUUAGACUCGAGCAAUGGAAAGACCCCUCUCCUGCAAACUCAUGUCCAGGAACCACCUUUAGUGCAAUAA